AUGUCAGACAAGAAGCGUGAAUCACUAGCGUCCAAGAUCGAUGAGGUUGCUCGCAACCAGAUCUGGCGUGAGCAGCUCAAGACCGAGUAUGAGAUGGAAAGUGUACUGACACCGUUCCAGCUCAACCCGAAGACACUGAGCUCGAUCACCCUCAAGCCCACGCAGACCCACCCAGCAGACUUCGGCAAAGUACAAGAUGACCAGGAAACACGUGAACUGGCCGCAAAACUACGCGCAGUCACAAAGAGACCCACAGAGAAACAAGCCCUACCAAUGACUGAAGCUCAGCGAGUCGGGUGGCUUCACGAUAUGGCGAGCAAAGGAAUCCGAGCAGACAUGCAUCAACGAAUGUUCAAGGGCCGUGGCAGCUGCGAUGUCACCAAAUUCGCCGACACUUACUGCACUAUGGCAGGCUGCAGUCCAUUUGCCGACAAGUCGACUCGCUGAUCCAGGACCACCGGAACAGAGAGAGGAAAAUAACAUGUUAUAACCAACAUAUAAGAAAGGCUACGCCCAA